UCUGUUUUAUUUAUAUUUUUUUAUUAGUGUUAGUGUUUUUUAUGUGCUAUAAAAUAAAUCAAAUCAUAGCCCAUUAAACUACUAUACUUCCAGGUAUUAUACAUUUUGUAGUUGCUGUCUAUUCUAAAUUGAACAUUAACCAUUGGCAUAUGACUUGAGGGAAAGGUGCAGACACAAAGCUGAUGAUUGAUGUAGUAGAGUCAUUGUGUUGACAAAUUUGUUAAUCCACUACUACUGUGGUGACUGGGCUUCAUGUGUUAAGACUGUUCACGGAAUAGCAUUUUAAAGGUGAUCGUUUUUCCAUCAGUUCCACGACACUGAGAACAAUUCUAUACUGGUUGUAGGGACUAAUAAGGAAAGAGAUGCUGCCAAGCCCUGAUGACCUGUCUGAGUUGGACUCAGUAGAGGUUACAGAACCCCAGGAAACCCAAGCAUACUGCAAAUGUAAGAAGCCCUCAGGUCAUGUAUCUUCAUCCCACAAUGGAUCUAUUAUUAUGGCUUUUCUCAAGAGAAAUGCUUUUGUUGUUCUUACAAUGGUCGCUGUUGCAUUAGGGAUUGGCCUGGGCUUUGCUCUACGACUUGUUAAUAUGUCAGCCAGGGAUGUAAAAUAUUUAACCUUUCCUGGAGAGCUGUUGAUGAGAAUGCUGCAGAUGUUGGUGCUUCCUCUCUUUGUUUCCAGUGUGAUUUCAGGAAUGUCAUCUGUGGACAGGAAGGCUUAUGGGAAAAUUGGACUAAGGGCCUUCAGCUAUUACAUGGUCACCACGCUUAUUGCUGCAUUCACUGGCAUUGCCUUAGCUGUUAUGAUCCAACCAGGGAAAUCCUCCAAGGCAGCCUCAGUGUCCUCUAGUGGUAAUGCAGACGCUGCGCAGCCUGUGGAUUCCUUUCUAGAUCUAAUCAGAAACAUGAUUCCCUCAAAUUUGGUGGAAGCUUGUUUCAGAAAGUAUAAAACACUUUAUUCCAGGAGUGUUUCUACAGGAAAGAGUCUUGGUGUCAUCAAUAUGACAGAGACCAGUAAAAAAAUCUUAAAGAUAUUUCCUGGGAUCCCUAUAGAUGACACAGUACCACUGCCAGGCACCUUAGACGGAUUCAAUAUUUUGGGUCUAUUGGGCUUCUCUGUUGCCUUUGGCCUCAUCUUGGGCAGUAUGGACACUGAGGGAAAACCUCUGAGGGAUUUAUUUGACUGCCUGAGUAAAGCCAUUAUGCAUCUGGUCAACAUAGUCAUAUGGUAUUCCCCAGUAGGAAUCUUCUUCCUGCUGGCAGGACAGAUUGUGAAGAUGACAGACACUGGAGAGAUAGGUCAUGAAGUUGCCAUGUAUACUCUCACUGUGAUUACUGGCCUCCUAAUCCACAGCCUCCUCACCCUUCCCCUCAUCUAUUUCAUGGUCACACGUAAGAAUCCCUUUAUGUUUAUGGUUGGUCUACUCCAGGCUCUCACCACUGCCUUUGGUACUUCAUCCAGUUCUGCAACCUUACCUGUGACAUUUUACUGUAUGGAGGAAAAUCACAACAUGGACAAACGAGUGACACGCUUCAUGCUCCCUAUUGGGGCCACAAUGAACAUGGAUGGUGCAGCACUCUAUGAAGCUGUAGCUGCGUUAUUCAUUGCCCAGGUUAAUAAUAUGGAUUUUAACCUGGGUCAAAUCAUCGUCCUUAGUUUGAUUGUCACAGCUGCAAGCACUGGUGCAGCAGGCAUCCCACAGGCCGGCAUGGUAUCCAUGGUAAUUGUGUUGGAAUCAGUUGGACUGCCCACUGAAGACAUAUCACUGCUCAUGAUAGUUGAUUGGAUACUGGAUCGGCUACGGACUGCCACCAAUGUGCUGGGUGACUGUAUCGGUGUGAGUGUAGUGCAGCAUCUCUCCAGACAUGAGCUGCAGCGCUGCAGCCCUGCAGAAAAAAGCUUGUUGGAAGAAAGCUCCCAGUUCUGAGUACCAUGAGGCUUUGCACCAUCUUCUAUGUUAUUGUAGAAUGAUAACAAAAUACUUUUUUGUCUUGGUUAAAUUGACAAGGUGCAUUUUACUACCCAGUAUACAGUAGUAGUUGAUAAUAAUUUAGCUUGCAAUAUGGACAGUUAUCCCCAGGAACACAUUUUAGCUCUUCAAAAUGAAACAGUCAAAGAAACACUGUGACUUGCAGAUGUUAGUUGAAUAGACAUUAGAAAGGGGCAGGUCUUCUCCUCUGUGAAUUAGUUGUCCCUGCUUCUGCUCAUAUUAGGAAGAGUGAAUCGUUUUGGAGACAUAACCCUCAGCACUUGAGGAACAGGAGGAAUUAACAUCACACUCCCUGCAGCUUUGUAGUUUCAGCUUGAUGCAUGAAAUAGUGGUGUUCUAUAUACAGUAUGUUUGAUGUAACAUGUUAAACUUUAGGAUUUGACAGAGAGUAUACAUGUUAUAAUAAAUUAGUCAGUUUGUGCCUGUAUACUGUAACUGCUGUUGUCUUGGGUUUGUUUUUAGUCUGAUUUUGGCCCCAUAAUGCUUAUAUUUCAUGAUAAAACCUUUGGUUGCCAUUAUUUCCCACUGAUAGAAUUCCUUUCUUGAAGAACAGCAAAGUGUACUUUGUGGAUUGUGAAAAAUUAGAUUGAUGUUGAAUAGUAUACUGGACUUUAUAGAAACAGAUAAUACACAUAAGUUAGGGUGCUAAGGGUGUUAUAUUUUACAAAAUGUAACACAGGCUUUACUGUACAUGUACAUGUUAUCAAGAAGUCAGUCCAACCCAUGUAUCUUAAAGGGGUGAUAGAAUGCAAAACCGAUUUUACCCUGUCAUAGUUGAAAAACGACAGUUUGGAGGGUA